AUGCCGUCCGCUAUUCUUCGCCCACCCGACUCGGCCUGGAUGAAUCAACAGUGCAAUGGACGGUGUGGGCCAGUGACUUCCCCAGACGAAUUAAUUAUGCAUCCGACCACACUGAAACUCGACACCCAACGUCGUCUCUCCAACCACUCGCUCCCUGAUUCCUCCCCCUCCGACGGCACCGGCCCAAGCCCAGCAAAGCUCCGUCGACGAGCCUCGCAAGGAUCCCUCCGCACCAAACCCUCCCCAGUCUCUCGUUUCCUCUCCAAGGGCAGUGUCGCCGUACAUUUUCCUUCCUGGGAACACCGCAGCUCUUCGCCGGGCUCGCCGCUCCGGGUUGAGUCGCGAACCCGGUCUGCAGACUCUCGUCUUCGUCUGUCCACCACCGUGUCUCGCGGGCCGAGACCCUUGACGGCGCAUUCAAACUCAUCUACCUCGUUCUGGAACUCCUCUUCGCCUCUCUCCUUCCAGUCCGACUACCCUUCUGUUCUUCCCCUCACACCACCGGACGACGAUAGCCACGUCGCUUGGAACCCAAAGUCCGAGAUGAUGCUCUUUGAUUCCCAUACCCAACGGGAGCCAAGCUCCGGUGCCAUGAUGGAUGAGAGCCACGGCCUGGGAACCUCCCCCCGCAACUGGCCCAUCAGAUACCCUCAGUACCCAGGCCCUCAGGACGAGAUGGACUGCCAACAAGACAUGGGGUCGUGGUUAGACCAGGGUAUCAACGUGACUGUGUCCUCCUUGGGAACAUCAAACCCACGAGGUGAGGCCGUCAAGAUCGUCUCACAGACUCUUCCAUACCCGAGGACCUCAGAUCAGUCGAUUUCGCUGCCGAGAAAUGAUACCAUCUUCUGCUCCAUCGUCCAGGCUGUCCACAGCCACCUGCAGCCUGGCCACUCGCCUUACAUUAAUGUCACACACGCCGUACCCGAACAGUUCAGUCUGUCCAACCUGCCCCAUUCUCCUCCAAGCACCCCUCGCUCUCCGACCGCUGCCGAUGACUAUUUCAACGCCACGGUUUUCUCCAGCGCCGCAGUCGUGGGGGCGUACCACGAUUUCCGUGGCCCUCUUCAGCGGCACCUUGCACAUGCUCCGAUGCCCAUCGUCCCCCCUCACAGUGAAUAUAGAGAUCUGUUUUGCCCUACCCGUCCGUCGUUCCUUGUGGACCGACUCAGCGAGCUAUCUCCAAACGGAGGCUCGCUUCUCUUCAUCUACCCCACCAAGAAAGGUGCCUCCACAUUCAAGUCCCAAUAUCUGGGACCCAUUCUCGACCCUCUCCUGCGACAAUUUGUCGUGGUCAACGGCUUGUCUGCGGACGUCGGUCGCUAUCUGGGCAAGCUAUCCACAGUAUCCCAAAUGGAUGACUUUGCCACGAUGAAGGCAAACAUUGCCACACUCUGCGAGUCUCUAAGCUCCUCAUCGUCACAGUUUCAGGUGGCCGAUGCUGGUCGUGCCAAUGCCGAUCUGGACCGCAAUCUCUGGGUGGAGUGGUUCAUCCACCAAGAGAAGGCCCGCAUGAAGGAGGUUCUUAGCCUCUAUUGGCAGAAUGGCCGCCGGCCGGCCGCGACCAAGGCCAUGUCCAACGGUGGCUCAGGGCACAUGUCUGACAAGGACAUCUCGUCUUCCAUGCUCCUCGGCGAGAUCUUCGAAGGCAUUCGCAAGCGGCCUUAUGGCGAGGACAGCGAGCCCCACGAAGGGGUUGAGCUGGGUGUGUUCGUCAUCCGACGAACCAACUGA